AAAAAAUCCGUCCCUAUAAAACGAGCGAAAAAUCAGCAAAAAAUUUGUCAGAUCCAAAAUUUUCUUUCAAAGUUGCUAACGUCUUUUUUUCUUCAAAUCGAAUUAAGUUAAACAGACGCUAGCUCAGACUCAUGGGGACUGUUUUUGAUGCUGCAAAAAAGGAAGAAACCACAAGUGCUCUUAGCAUCGAAAAGCCCAAAGUUGUCUUUGUGUUAGGAGGCCCCGGAAGUGGUAAGGGUACACAAUGUGCAAAUAUUGUUGAGCACUUUGGGUAUACCCAUCUUAGUGCUGGAGAUCUUCUGCGGGCGGAAAUAAAAUCUGGUUCUGAAAAUGGGACCAUGAUUCAGAACAUGAUUUCCGAAGGAAAAAUUGUUCCUUCAGAAGUUACAAUCAAGCUUCUUGAAAAGGCAAUUGUGGAAAUUGACAACGACAAAUUCCUUAUUGAUGGGUUUCCUCGUAAUGAGGAAAACCGUGCAGCGUUUGAGUUAGUCACCGGAAUUGUGCCUGAGUUUGUUCUUUUCUUUGAUUGCUCUGAGGAAGAGAUGGAAAGGCGCCUAUUGAGCCGCAACCAGGGUAGAGUAGAUGAUAACAUUGACACCAUAAGGAAGCGGUUCAAGGUUUUUGUUGAAUCUAGUCUUGCUGUUAUCGAGUAUUACAACUCUAAAGGGAAGGUGAAAAAGAUUGAUGCUGCUAAGCCCGUCGGAGAAGUUUUUGAAGCUGUUAAGGCUAUUUUCGCCCCUGUCAGUGACAAGGUUGCCGCCUAGGUAUUGUCUUUAUUACAAUCUCUGAAAGGUUUUGCAUUGAGACAAACAAUUAUUGUAACAUGAGGGAUUAUUGUGAUUUAGUUUAAGAUUCCUCCAAUUAAUCAUACUUGAUUCAUUCCAUGCAUUAUAUGCCCGAAUGAUCAUGUAUGAAUAUAGUUUAUAUGUAUAAUGGUUAUUUUUACUUGUCAAAAGGAUUACAUGAUGAGUUGUAACAGUAAUAUUUUACAUCUAUAUGAUUGAUUGUUCUUGAUAA